AUGAUUACCCGGAAACCUCAUCUCCAGAACUUACGAUCCCUGAUCCAACAGGCGAUGAAGCAACGGACACCGACCUCGCUACCCCGGAUCUCCCUCCCUCAGAGGCGAUACCCUUCAGAUCUCCCCUCCGCCUCCACGGACUCCACAGCCGCACCAUCUCUGGCUCCCAUAUCGAUAGUACUCAACCUCAUAAACUCGCAACCCACAAACUCAACCCAGACCUCCAACACCGCAGAACCCCCCAACACCGCCAUGUGCCGCUACAGCGACGUCGGCGGCGUCUUCACCGGCUGGCGCGUCUACACCACGGGCAACUGGACCGGCGACCACGGCAAGGAGCUCCACUCGAAACUGAAAAAGCGGUGCGGCGGCAUCGUGCAGUGGCAGUUCCGGUACGAGAACAAGACUCUGAAUCAGUGGAAUAAUGAUUUUUGGGGGAGUGGGGACGGAUUGGCGGAUUUCAAGACGUGGAAAUUUCAUACCAAGUGGUGUGUCGAGAGGGCGGUUAGGGAUGCGACGAAGAAUGCGCCGGGGGGGUUAUCGGGUGGGGAGAAGGCGAUUGAGUGUAAGCAUCUGGUUUAUAUUGAUACGGAGGAUACGCGGAUGUGA